AGCGCUCGGACGGAGCAUCACACUCUGGAUCAGAGCGGCGGAUCAGGAAGAACGGAAUCGAGAAGUGUUCUGUAGGAGAGUCAUUUGAGCUUAAAACAGAAGUUUUGCUCCGUGCGGUCAUGAGGAGUUGAGAGAGGAGCUUUCUUCAGGCGAGUUUGUGUUGUGUUGUUGCGUCUCUCAUCUCUCCACGACCGACCUCGCGUGUUUUUCUGCCCAGAUGUUAGUACACACGUAUUCCUCCACGGACCGCCAUGACGGUGUACCGAGCCACAGUUCCAGACUGUCCCAGCUGGGCUCGGUCUCUCAGGGUCCGUAUUCCAGCGCUCCGCCACUCUCUCACACUCCUUCCUCGGACUUCCAACCGCCGUACUUUCCCCCGCCGUACCAGCCGCUGCCGUAUCACCAGAGUCAGGACCCGUACUCACACGUCAGUGACCCGUACUCUCUGAACGCCCUUCACCAGCAACAACAGCACCCAUGGGGCUCCCGUCAGCGGCAGGAUGUGCAUGGCACGGAGAGCGGAGCUUUACUGCCGCAGCCUAGAGCUUCUUUACCGCAGCUCUCCGGUUUGGACCCCAGGCGGGACUACUCGACCGUGCGCCGACCGGACGUGCUGCUCCACUCCACACACCAUGGUCUCGAGGCGGGGAUGGGAGACGGUCUGUCCCUGCAUGGCCUUGCGCACGGAAUGGAGGAUAUACAGGCUCUGGAGGAUGCAAACAGCGGGAUGAACAUCCUGGAUCAGUCAGUCAUUAAAAAAGUUCCAGUUCCACACAAGAGCGUCGCUUCUCUCAUGAUGAACAAAGAUGGUCUAAUCGGCGGGAUCACCGUGAACGCCAACGAAGUCUUCUGCUCGGUGCCCGGUCGCCUGUCGCUUCUCAGCUCCACUUCCAAAUAUAAAGUGACGGUUGGCGAGGUCCAGCGGCGCCUCUCUCCGCCAGAGUGCCUGAAUGCCUCUCUGCUCGGUGGGGUUCUGCGGAGAGCGAAGUCGAAAAAUGGAGGUAGAUCACUGAGGGAAAAGCUGGAGAAAAUCGGCUUAAAUUUGCCCGCGGGGCGUCGCAAAGCAGCGAACGUCACUUUACUGACGUCUCUGGUAGAAGGGGAAGCUGUUCAUUUGGCUCGGGAUUUUGGCUACAUUUGUGAAACUGAAUUUCCCACAAAGGCCGUGUCUGAAUAUCUGAACAGACAGCACACAGAUCCCAAUGAACUGCACUCACGAAAAAACAUGCUGCUCGCCACAAAGCAGUUGUGUAAGGAGUUUACAGACCUGUUGGCUCAGGAUCGUACGCCACUGGGAAACUCUCGGCCUUCGCCCAUCCUGGAGCCAGGAAUCCAGAGCUGCCUGUCACACUUCAGCUUCAUCACACACGGCUUUGGUUCUCCAGCCAUCUGUGCCGCCCUCACGGCUUUGCAGAACUACCUGACUGAAGCCCUUAAAGGUCUCGACAAGAUGUUCCUGAACAACCCCACUUCCAACCGACACACACCUGGAGAUGGACCCGGCUCUAAAGGCGGUGAAAAAGAGGAAAAGCAUAGGAAAUGAAUUGUGGAAAUACAUCGGUGCAGGAUAUCAAGGAAGGAGGGGCUUCAAACAUAAUUGGAGAUGUUCAGAGAUUCUAUAAACUAGUUUUAUGACAUUGCGUUUUACAUUCUGGUGUGAAAUGGAAAACAGAUUAUGGACAAAUGAAAGGAAUGCUACAUUAAUAGAGACUGGAGGACACAUCUCUGCUGUGACACGUUCACCAUCUUCAUCUCAUCGUGUGCAAAUGUUUGAGGAGUGUGUGCGUGUGCUUUUGUGUAUAAAAGUAUGACAUAUUACGGCUGUCCUUUAGAAACUUGCUCAUGAAUUUGAUAACUAAUAUUUGUGUUCGUGAGUGCAAUGGUCAGCAUACAGAAGGACAGGUUUCCUCUGAAUAUCGUUGGGUACACUUUUAACUAUUAUAUUAAAUUAUACUUACAAAUAUACAAAAUUAUAGCUACAAUCCAUACAACAAUCAUGCUAUCAAAAAGUGGUUGUCAAAUUAACAAUUUGCUCCACAUAAAUUUCAAAGAGAGACAAUGUGUUUCAAAUAUAACAAAUUUAGUAAUAAAUGCAGCAAUGAUAUUAUGAGCGUUAGCCAAAAAGAGGCUGUAAAAGUGUAAAAAGUGUCAUACAGUCCAGUCACAAAUGUUGACAUCAAAUAAAAGUGAGACUGAAUUCAUACAGCUGUUCAAUUCAGUCAGAACUGCCUCAUAGCAUAACCGUCCAUAUACAAUACACACAUCAUAUUUUUAUAAUCACAGCUUUUUCUCAAUCAAUCCAUUCAUAUACAUAGAAUAAGUCAAACUUUUGACCUAAGGUUUUGUUUUUUUCUGGGCCGAUUUUUCUCUUAAAACCACCUGGACCAUAUUCAGAAUAACUCAGUGGCUUAAACAGGGGCGUAGAUUCUGGGGGGGGAUGGGGGGAGGUAACCCCCUAAUAAUCAAAACAAGCAAGUACAAACCCCCCCCCCCACACACACACACACAAUAUUUAUACCAUGAUCAAUGGAAACAUUAAAUGCUUCAUGCUGCAACCCCCCAAAUGUUCAAGCCAAAUCUACAACCUUGGGCUUAAAGGUUCAGAAAUUUACAGUAGAGCAAUUCGGUUGCAUUUCUUUGUAUUUGAAACUGCUGUUGCUUGUGCUGUCUUAAUUUCUGUGAAAAUGUGAGGACAUUUUCAGUGAGUGAGCCUACUUUUAACAUGGCAAUCAAGUUGGUUGACCAACUAAAAUCAUAAUUGUUUCAAUGAUAUUUCAUCUGUUGCUUAACUAUUUACUUAAUAGGCCUACUUACAUUUGCACAGACCAAAUCAUCAUGGACAAAAAUCACGUUUUAUGGCCUAAAUAUAGUUUAUUUGUUUUAAAAACCCUACUUCAUCUGAAUGGAAGCUUGCUUUGACCAUGGUGUCGAAAGUGUCACACAAAGACUUUUGAAAACAGCCAUAAAAAUUGUCCAUAAUUUUAUAGACAUUCUUAUAGGCUGCAUGUAACUGAGGUAAGGACAGGUGACCGCGCGUACUGGAACACGGCCACGCGCUCACCUCAUUCUGUGCUCGUGGGCGCGCACUUUCUCAGUCCCGGAAGCUGGACUUUGUCAAAUGUAUUAUUUGAUAUACUCUGUGUGAGGAAGGCUCUUUUAUUUAUGUUUGUAUAUAUUUAUUUAUGCUUAAUUUAAUGGACGUUUGUACAUAGGAACAGACUGGGUCGUCUAUAUGUGACUGUCUCUGUGCGUGGGUGAACGCUUGGUUUAGAUAGCAUCUUGUAUUUUUAUGUUUCAUAGAUAGGCCUACGGUGUCAUGUGGUGAAGGGUAGAAGUUGGUUCUUGUCUGGUGAUUUUCAUUUACCUCGAAAUAAGAAUAAAUCGUG